UAUGGAUUGCAUCGAUUUCCUGGUCGAGCGGAGGACCAAGAUGUGUGUCAAAAGUGGAUGAAAUACAUUAACCGAGAUGGCUUCCAGCCAAACAAGAACACUUGGGUAAGUUUGGCUGACUGUCCAAUCUGUUAAUGCCACAGGUUGCAUGCAGUGGGUGUAACAUACAGUGAAACAGCGCUAGCUAAGUUUUCUAGCAAUAUCGAUAGCCACAGGCGAAAACAAAGCUGAAGCUUUCAUGUUGCUGUGUAGCUGGAACUGCACAAAGUGCAAAUAUGAUUUCACAAGACUGAAGCUCUUAAGCCCAGUUCAGACCAAAGAUUCACCUUGCAACGGCUUGCAACGAGACAGUUUUAGAGCGUCGCAGGGGCGGUGUGCACGGGUCGUUGCAAGGAGUUGCAAGGAGUCGCCAGAGAUUGAACAUGUCAAAUUGCAAGGUCCAGUUUUAGAACGCGGCGAUUUAAAUAUUUCUCUUCAGCCAAUCACAGCACAGAACAAUUUGUACGUCAAGGCCUUACGCCGUCCCGGUACCGUACUGCUCAUUAUGUAUUUAUCUUCAUUACCACUCUAAGGUGUGUGGGAUACAUUAUCCUGACGGACGACCCACAAGAGAAAACCCCUAUCCUGUGUUGAUCAUGGGUUAUGAAUGUCAUGUAAUACCAGCUAGACCUCCCCCCAAAAGAAGAUGUCUUCAGCCAUUACACCUGAACUCAACUACCGAACCUGAAGCUGAACCUGAAGCUAUGGAAACAGAUGUGGAUGUUGGGAAUUUGGAGAAUAUGCCUCUGCAGACUUGUGAUGUAGGAACCCAGUGGCCAGAUCUAUGUGAUCACAACUACAGUUUCAGCAGCGGUAACAAGCGGAUGAAGGACUGUGGCACUCAAACGGAUCAAACACCGUCAGUAUCAGCACAUGAUUUAAACAACAAAGACUUUAUAUUUUAUACAGGUUUAUGUGCUGACAGUUUCUGGCAACUUUUGCGAGCCUUGUUGACUUUUUGCUCACAACCACUUGAUACCAAAUUGGCCGUCCAUGAACAGUUUUUGCUUGUUUUAAUGAGACUCCGUUUGGGUUUAUUGUUUACUGACUUGGGUAAACGAUUUGGGGUGAGUAGAAGCACGGCAUCUGAAAUAUUUACAUUUUGGAGACCAAUCCUUGCCAGCUUCAUGAGGGAAAAGGUGAUUGCUUGGUUGCCCAGGGAUACGCUGAACAGAAUCAGGCCCAAGUCAUUUCACCAAAAUUAUCCUAAAACUACAUGCAUCAUUGACUGUACUGAGGUCUUCGUACAAAGGCCACAGAACUUAAGAAAAAGAUCACAAACUUAUAGUAAUUACAAACAUCAUAACACAUAUAAACUCCUAUACUGUAUAGCCCCCAAUGGCUAUGUCAUGUUUUUAUCAAAACUUUUUGGUGCAAGGGCCAGUGAUAAUUUCAUCACAAAGAACAGUGGUUUUGUUCAUCACCUGAUCCCUGGUGAUGAGAUUUUAGCAGAUCGCGGAUUCACCAUCAUGGAUAUAUUGCCUCCAGGAGUGCGUCUAGCUCUUCCUGCUCUCACACGUGGACGUAAGGAGCUGUCUGAAGUCUGA